GUCUUUUGCUUUAAGCUCGGUAUCCUUUGACCAGUCUAAGCGUCUGCGCCAAUAUCAUUUCUAGCCGCCAAGAGCAGUAUGUCUGAAGCCGGCAACGCCCCGUCUGGCCUAAGCACGAAAUGGGUACAUCGAUACCAAGUUGCGCCGCAGCUAUCUAGCCUUUUUUACGUCCCCGACUACAUCAGCCCAGCUGAGGAGGAGCGGUUGCUUCGGGAGGUACACGCGUCAAAAGCCAAAUGGGUGCAGCUCUCCGGUCGACGGCUCCAGAACCACGGAGGGGUGGUUCACGCCAAGGGCCUUAUCCCCGCCCCGCUGCCCUCCUGGCUGCAACCCCUGCUGAGGAGGCUGGCGGCGGAGGGAGCAGGCGGCGGGGAAGAGGAGAGAGGAGCGGGAGCGGGAGCGGGAGCGGGAGCGGGAGCGGGAGCGGGAGCGGGGGGAGGAGCAAGAGCGGGAGGAGGGGAUCAGAGCGGUUGCGUCAGCGGAGGAGCAGGAGGCGAGGGUGUGAGAGCAGCAGGGGUGAGCUCGGCAGGAGGAGGAGCAGGAGGAGGAGCAGCAGCAGCGGCAGGGACAGGAGGAGGCGGGAGGGGGCUGUACGGCGGCCAACCGCCCAACCAUGUGCUCGUCAACUCGUACCUCCCCGGGGAGGGCAUCAUGCCCCACGAGGACGGCCCCGCCUACCACCCAGUGGUGGCGAUCGUGUCGCUUGGGUCUCCUGCCGUACUGAGGUUCAGGAGGAAAGCGCUGAGGGAGGGAGACGGCCACGAUGAUAACAGCGGGGGCGCCGACACCGGUAGCAUGGGCACCAACAACGGCCAUGGCCCCAACGGUAACGCUCCGGCAGCGCCGGACGGCCAUACCGACACCACCACCACCGCAGCACCACCGGCAUCAGCAGCCCACCGGAACCGGCAUGCAGAAGCCGCCAGUCAGGGGUCCUACUUGUGUCCCUCCUCCCUCCCUUCCUCCUCCUCAUCUCGCCCUGCUGCCGUUCCUGUAGGUGAUCUCCGCUCCGCUCCCUCCGCUCCCUCCUCGGCCUCCGGAGAUGAUGGUGGCAGUGCGGGUGAUGGGCCAGGCUGCAGCAGCAGCUGCAGAAGCAGCUGCGGUGGUGCCCUGCUUACCAACAACGGUAACGGCAAUGGCAACGGCUGUAGCAACGUCGGUAGCAACAGCAGCGGAGGUCACAGCAUGAGCAGUCCCUACAUUGCCUCCGUGUUCCUUGCACCUCGUAGUUUGGUGGUCUUUCGAGAUCAAGCUUUCACGCAUUGUUUACACUCCAUCGAGGAGGUGCACGAAGAACGGUUAGACGAGUCGGUUGUCAAUCUUGGUGAAAGCAUGCGCGGUAGCGCGUAUGAGGGACUGACCCAUGGGUCAAUGGUACCGCGGGGCGGCGAGCGCAUCUCGUUGACGGUUCGGAGAGUGGCUCGGGUGCUUCCGGCGCUUCUGCGGCCCCGGACGUAGGGAGGGUUGCGAACGAACGAGCUGAGAUGGUCGUGCUGGGGGGCGUAAGCUGGAAGGGGUGUUGUGUGAACGGGUG